UCUAAUGGCAUGCCAGUCAAUUAGCUGGUAGGGUAUGGCUAUCAAGACAUACCCAACACACAAUUUUUGAAAACAGAGGCAGUUGGCUGUCAACUUGCACCGGCGCCUCUCAUGAAUCUGACUAUUAGAAUUAGAGUAUUUGAUGAUAUUUGUGGCAUGUAGCGCUCCGCUAACUAAUUCUUUGGCUGAAGUUGACAGGGUGUGUGUGUGUUCACGUAGAGUAUUAGCAUUUUGCUUUUCUUCGCUCGGUUUUUGACUCAUUGAGUUAGUUUUGUUCAUUUUUUUUUUUUGUAAACAGAAUUUAUAUGAAUUAUAAUUAUAGCGUUAUAGUUUUUUAGUAUUACGGUCACGUGUCAAUAGCUUUAUGAGAAUAUAAACAGUGUUUAAUUAUUAAUGCCACAAGCUGUGACUUGCUCUAAUGAAUCCCAAGCAUAAGCAACAAAUUGAAGAUGCAGAACCAUUUAAGAAUUUAAAAAUCAGUGACUGGAAAGUGUUAGAAGAUAUAGAAAACAGAAGUUUAUGUAGUAAUUGUAAUAAAUCAAGAAAAUAUUUCUGUUAUAGUUGCUAUAUACCAGUUACAGCAUUGCAAGGAUUAAUACCAAGAGUCAAGCUUCCUGUGAAAAUAGACAUAAUAAAGCAUGCACGAGAAAUUGAUGGGAAGAGCACAGCAGCACACGUAGCGGUGUUAGCCCCAGACGACGUCAGAGUCUACACGUACCCAUCCAUACCAAACUUCGAGGACACCGAAAAGGUGGUGCUGGUGUACCCGGGAAAAUGUGCCACGUCUGUGAAGUCGCUCGUCGAGCAUUUCAGCAGGUCACAAGAGAGUGGCCGGGACACCAAUCCACCCGUGUCGAGGGCUGUCUUCAUCGACAGCACUUGGAACCAGAGCCGAGGCAUAUACAAGGAUCCCCGCCUGCGAGCGCUGCCGUGCGUGGUCCUGGGAUCGCGCGUGUCGCAGUUCUGGCGGCACCAGAAGGGCAGCCCGCGCUGGUACCUGGCCACCGUCGAGGCGGUGCACCAGUUCUGCGCGGAGCUCGGCGACGCGCGGUACGCGGGGCAGUGCGACGACCUGCUCUUCUUCUUCUGCUUCAUGUACGCCAAGAUACACUCGCUGUACCGCCACGACGACCUCCACGCCUACAAGCGGCCGCUCAAGUGAGGCGGCCUUCGGCUCCGUUCGGCUCCGGCGGUGACGGUCAGAGACUCGAGGUCAAGAACACUGCGGUAAAUAUAUAACCUGCCGAACCAGCGUGGUUAGCGGAUGCAUUUUAUCCUGUUUUUUUAUACCUACAGGACAUUCAUAAGUGUGAAAAUGCUGGUGCGAGAUGUGAGCAAUAAUAUUUUAUAUCUUGAAUACCAUUUAAAGAAAUGAAUAUUCAUUUUAUUUUAAAACUCCAAGCAUAGUAUUUUAAAAUUAUUAAUUUAUAUUUUAUAAAGCAUGUUAGGGCUGAAAUUUGGUAGGCUCUGUGAAAACUUUUGACUGAUUUAGAACAUAUUUUUGGAAUGAAUGGUGUAGCUAAAUUUUUUUUUAAUUUUUUAUUAUUAUUUUUUUUAAAUGCUGUUACAGACAAGUGUAAGUAAAGUUCAGUGAAAUACAGUUGGUUGUGUUGUCAUAGAAAAAUAUGUGAAAUGACCUAAAGAAGUACAAAAUUUUGGUAUUGAAAAAAGGGGUGCAAAAAGUAAAUGUAAAAAAAAAUCUAUGUUAGUUAAAACAUUGUAAACUCGUGUGAAUACAGUAGAAUCCCGCCGAUGCGACCCCCCUCUGAUGCGUUCAUUCCGUUUAUACGACCGUUUUUUGAGAAACCGUGAAAAAUUUGAGCAGAGAAAUUCAAAAAUUUGAGUAAAAUCGGCUGAAAAACAAGGCUGUUACACUUUGUUGGGCGCGAUGUGUUCACGUUUAUCUUGGCGAGAGCUGUACUGUAAGCAGGCAGGCAUACAAAAGAUGGCUAAAAAUAGAUACCACCCCUCUAGACUGUCCACGCUGCAGUGUCUAGCCGAGCUCGGCGCGUCCACUAUCGCACGAAAAGCCGUCUCAGCUGUCCUCCCCUCCCACACCGCGUGCGGCAAAAGCCAGGUUGUAUAGUCCAUUCUCUGUAAAAUAUUUUUAUGGGCUUAUACGACUGUCCUUCGCCGUUAAUAAAUACAUUAUAAGUUUAAGUUAUUAUGAUACAAUUUGUUUAUUAGUCACACAGCAUUUUCUGCUGAAAAAUCACUAAUACCUCGAAUUUUAUUGAACAGAAAAAUUUAGCAGGGCCGUAAAAUUUAUUUUACUGCAUAGUUACUUUUCCAUCUGCAAUCAAACGUGUUUUUUUUUCUUUUUUUUUAUGCUGUGAAGGGUCGUGGAAAAGAUAAUUGCUUGAGUUGUCAAAAUAAACAUCGCUGACGGCAAGGGCGGGAGCGCAUCCUGUCGGUCUGUCGCUGUGAUUAUCUACUCCCAAAACAUGUAACAGUGAUUUUUUAUGUAUUUGGAUUUUGGGGGAGGGGGGGGGGGGGGUAAAAAUUGGCCCGAAUUCUCUAUUGCGACCAUUCCGUUUAUAAGUCCGUUUUUCCGGAAACCGUGAGGGGUCGCAUCAGCGGGAUUCUACUGUAUGUGGUUAGGUUAGCUACAUUUAAAGUACUGCUAAAGGGGUGUGAAUGUUUACUUUUUGAUUUUUUCGGGACAAGUAUUAAAUUAAAAACACCAUUGUCAAAAUUGUAUGUAUUAUCAUAUGAGCUCCCACUCUAAAAAAAUUAUCAAACUAUCAAAUUAAAUGUAAACAAAGGGAUGGACAGCAUUGAAAAUACAACACACACUAAUAGUCAUCUAAUACCAUCAACAAAUAUUAUUUUGCUUAAUCUAUAAAUUACUGAAAACUGAAAAGCAGAUUAUGAACAAACAAGACGAUAGGUUAGUUCCAUAUAUAUAUAUAUUUAUAUUUUAUCGGAAACAAAGUUUUUGUCCACUUGAAAACUGCAUUUUCAGCAUUACAUCACGUAAUAAAAGAAGAGUCGCAGCUGCAUCCUCAUUAAUGCUCAGCUAGCAGCAUGAGACAGGACAUGAACUAUGCAAUACUAUAAUUUGCUUAUGUGAUUUCAGUACAAGUUGUGGCCCCAUCACUGGAUAUGAUGGUGGGUCACAAAGUGUGUGACUAAGAUUAAGGGUGGCUCAAAAUCCGGUGAGACGUUAAGUUGUUUUCACUUAUCGCUUGACUAUUAUUAAUAGUUUAGCAUACUUGCCAACUGGUAAGAUUUACCUGUAGAAUGUACGGAAAAUCAUGUUGUUUUAUGGUUGUAGGCCAUAUCUUUUAGUUUUUUUUUUUUUUUUACUGGUUUUUCAACAUUUGGACAUAAUUUAAAAAAUUCAGAAGUUUUAGGUGGCAUACCAGUAUAGGUAUGUCGAGGUAAAAUCAACAGAGUAUGUGUUUGUCUCAUCUUUUUCCUUAUUGGCUGCUACUAGGUAUUCAAUUACUUUUGGUUUUUAAGGGUAUGGAUUUUAUUUAAAUAAAUAAUUUUUUUAAAUAUAUAUAUAUUAAUUUUAAAAUUAUUCUUUUAUUUUAACUUAUCCUGUGUAAUCUACAUAUAUUAUUGUAGGCAAAAGUAUAUAGCUAAAUUUUGUUCAUGUAAAAUAAGUUAUGAUAUUUUGUUUAUGGAGUUAUUAUUUGAAAUACUUAGAAUUUCUCAGAAAUGGAAGGAGCAAAAACAUUUCUUAAAAUCUCCUAUAAUUUAAUAAAUUAAUUUUCAAUAUGAUGUAUUAUAGCCUUAUUUAAUUUAUAUAUUUGAUACUAAGAAGAAAAGACUUGAUCAGUGCACAGUAGUGCCUAAUUUAAUUCACUUAAGGAAGAUUAUUCAACUUUACAAAUAUUUGUGUUAAUAGAAGAAACCUCUAGAAUUUGUAUUAAUUUGGAUCAAUUACUUCAAAACUUUACAAACUGUUCUAAUAGGUCAUCAGUAUCACAGAAUACAUUUAUAUGAACUUUAUCUUCCAAGAAUUAAAGUUAUAUAAUACUAUAAUGUUUGUGUGACUUAAGUUUAUACACUUGAACUAUUCUACCAGAACUUCGAGAGUUAAGUACCUAGAGAUCUAACAGGGACUAAAUUUCCACCAGAAUUUAAUGUUGAGUUUGAGGAAUAAGAAAACAGCAACGAACUGAUGCCCUAGCAGAGGAUCAAAUUGAUUCUUCGUCGAUAGUAUUUAUAAAUUGACGAGAGAGAUUUGAUUACUUCUAAUUUUUCAACACUAAAGUUGUAGUUAUAGUGUACAUGUGUUUGUGAUUUGUAAAGUUAUAAAUAUUUGAUCACCAAUUUUGAUCUGUUAUGACAUUUUUAAAGUAACCGAUAUUUUGAUACUAGUAAUGCAUACCUGCCAACCCUCCCGCUUUAGGCGGGAGACUCCCGAUUUUAUACCCUUUCUCCCGCCCUCCCGAUUUGUCAUUAAAAUCUCCCGUUUUUUGGUUCUGUUUCUCUUGAAGUUUUUAAUGCAAUAAAUUUAUAGAUUUAAUAUGUUUGUACCAUUAUUCCGUACAAUUGUAUAGUAACUACUGUUCGUACCAUAACGUGUAGUUAUUUUAAUAGCUUAAAUGCCCACAAUUGUCUGCUAAAACUCUUGGUUAAGCGUACAUCUAAGAAAGAAACGUAGUUAUUGACGAUAAUUAUGGGAGCUGUUUUGGUACACGUUCGUCAUUGGUGUUUGUUAGCCAACCAGAAAAAGGUUUGUUUUCCAAAAUGGGGUGUUUUGUCAACAUUGUAAAUUGUGUUUUCGGUGGUGUUUUGAAAUAAAGACGGACUGGAUUAAUAAUGAGUUUAUGAUACCACUGUUUACAUUCGUGCCUAAAUUCGCUUCGGUUUGUUGGUCGGCUAUGUGUGAAUUGAUUUUUCGUCCCCGAACAAAUUCGCCUUUGUUCGCGUCUGUGCUCACAGAAUAAGUGUAGAGGUAGCAUUAUAGUAGUCUUCGAAUUUAUUCAACGGUGUAUUCAUAAAAAUAUUAUUUUGUGGAAGCAGUUGCGUGAUGAGUAUUUUGUACGCGUUUAGUUGUAGGCCUACUCCGCAAUAGGGAUUUAAUAGAAAUGGCCUACAGUGAAGUAUCUUGCUGUGUACAAGAAGACAUUUAGUGACGAAUUUCCGUGCAUUUUGCAAUCGAGGAAAGGUGAACAUGCUGCAUUUUGUUCUUUGUGUAGUGAUUUUUCCGUCAAAAUAAACAAAAUUUCACCACUACACCCCCCCCCCCCUCCCCCUUAUUAGUGGCAACAAGCAUUGUUUACACUCCACUAAAAAACCUCCCACUUUUUGACUGGCCAAAGUUGACAGGUAUGGUAAUGGCUUCACCAGUUAAUUUACACAAUUUAGAAUAUAUUUAUUCAGUUAUAUGACUAAUUAGCUAAUCAGAGGUCAAAUAAGAUAUUGCCAGAGAUCCUUGAAUGAAAAUUUAAUAAAUUUGAUUUUAAACUCUGAGCUUUAAAAGUGGUAAUAUUUUGUCAUUAUUAUUUUAUUUGAGGAUCAAUCACUCAUGAGAUGCUAAUGAAAACCUAUAAUAUUAACUUAACUAAUUUCAAAAGCGAUACCUCACCGCUAAACUUACUAUGUGAAUUAUUGCUUAGUGUUUCAUGUACAUAUUUUAAUUGUGGUUGUAAUGAGUGCUAUAAGCUGAACAGUAUUUUUGUGUGGCUUCAAUAAAAUUAAUUUCAUGUUUACAAUAUUAUUGGGAAAAGUAUGCAAUUUUUUUGUAUCUUCCCAUGUUGCGUAAUCAAUCAAACGUUUAUUAUCAAUACAUAUUUAAAGUCUUUGUCACUAUCACCACCAUCAUAGACAUAAUGAUCACAAUCACCACCACCAUCUACUGAGUUAAAAAUAAACAAAUAAGCCAAAGAAAGGGUGUGGCUGAUUGUGCAGCAUGAGACAAGACCAAAAACAGAAUAACAAGUGCCCAAAUUUGCCCCUGUAGGCUCGUCGAAUGUUCUUUGACUCAUAAAAAAUGCAAUUUGCAUAAAGCCGUAGUAAAUGUGUACCUAUAUAUACGUACAUAUAUAUUUUAAAAACAAGCUAACUGCAUUAAAUUGAUAAGCUGUAUGUCACACACGUCUGUUAUCACGAAGCAGUCGGCCCUAUGUUCCAAAAGUUAAGAGUGAAAUGGCAUAUGUAGCAGUUAACUUAUCUCUGUUUGGCCACAUCCCUUUAUGCUAUUAUUAGAGGCAAUAUAUAUUAAAAUAACAUGCUACAAAGCUGAUUACAGCUGACAAUUAUUUAAGUUAUUUAUAUAAAUAUUAUUUUUAUCUCUAUAAUAUGGCACAAUGUGAAAAGCUAGCAAUAAGUACAUAUAUUUGUGUGUAUAUAGUAAACUACCCACAGACAACAAUAUAAUUUUUAAUUUCUACACAAAGCUGCUGUACCAUUAACUUGUAUCCUCUUAUUUAUUUACUACGCCUGUGUGAAUAUCAGUUUUUUUUUCUUUUAAAAAAUUUCAAAUCGAAUAAUAUUGAAUCAAAUAGUGAGAAUUAGAAUACCACUAGAAAUAUUUUUUCAUAUCAUGAAACAAAUACAUAGGGAAAGAGAAAGUAAAUGUUUGUUAUAAGAGCUUCUGUGAAAUUAGACAAAUCAUAUUUAAGUCAAAGGUUGGUUAGGGUUAAGUCAACAACAAUAAUUAUAUUUAACAUGUUUGCUAAAAUAUUUAAAUUUUAAUAGAAAAAAAAUUGCUUCAUUUAUUCUUUUUUUUAUUUUAAUGUAGCUAACUUAGUCACACAUUUCACUGAUAGAUAUUUACGUAACCUAGUGAGCGAAUGUGUGAAGAGUUUGUGACUGUCGCAAGUAUUGUGCUGACAUUGGUAGAAACAAAAUAAACAAUGGUCACAGGAACUAAUUUAUUGGUCAAGCUGACAACAUGCAUGAGGCCACCUUCAAAGACAGAAUUUUAAGUGAAUGGAUUGCAAAAAUUAAUACAUAUGUGUACAGGCCAACAUCAUGCUAAAUUUUGUCAAGAGUUAGUCUGUGAUGUUGAUGGUUCAAUGUACACAUACGUAAAUAAAGAACAAGAUAGACAAUUUUACCACUGUCACUAUAACCAAUUAUACUCGUAUAGUACCACUGAAUAGAAAACUUUAUCAGAAUUUAAAAAAAAAAAAAAAUGUUAAACCCUCUUUAGCAUUUUUUACCCUCAUUCAGUGAAGACUCCUUAAACCCUAUGAAAUCCCUUCAUAGGACUAUUAUAUUUUUAAAUUUUAUCUAUUUUAUAUAAUUAUCAUAAAUUUUUGAUUUUAAAAAUGAGCACAUCUGAACCAAUGCCAAUUGGACAGCGAUCAGCCCAAUGGUAAAAUACAAAUACUGAUAUAAAUCUUCUGCACCUUCAGCAAGGUGCGUUUUGAUAGUUAGUAGUGAAAUGUACACAAUUAUUGCUUUGAUGUCCACCUGUUUCAGAAAGAUAUUUGUUACACGUCUAGCUACCCUCUUUUAUCGCAUAAUGGUCGCACUCGCGUAAUUGCCGCACCCAUAUUUUAGGGCGUCAAAAUUUGGAUAAAAAAAACCUCUCGCGUAAACGUCGCACAAUGUUUUUGGUCCCGCUAUUAGAUUCCGAAUGCUUUGUGGGUAUUUUUUUCGUAUAAAACGAUGUUUUU